CCGAGGUGAAUGCAUCUACAUGCUAUCUGUUAGACAAGCUUUUGCUUAGAAAAGGCUUCAGAUUUCCUCCCUAUGUGUAUUUGACACAUGGGAAUAAACAACCAAAUCAUGGAAAAAGAUAAAUGGGCCCAAACUGGAUGGAAGAUAGAACAGAAGUAUGGAAAUAAAGUACUGUUGGGUAACUGGGCUGAGGACAGACUUCAGUUCACUCGAGAGCCAAAAAUAGCCAACAGCACCAGUCGUUUAGACUACCGACCCCACUGGGAGUUUAAGCCAGACCUCUCCGUGAGAAGAUCUGCCCUGCUGAGAGCUGAGGGAUAUCCAUACAAGAUGCUUAUCGCUCCCAACAAAGUACAAUCAUCACAUUAUUUGAUCUCGCAGUAUCAGGAAAGUUUUGUGCAUGGGCACAACAACCCUUUGACAGUUUUGCUACCUCAAAAGCCAGGCAGCUCUACAGUGGAACCCCAAAAGUCUUCUGCAGCCUUUGGCCAAUUGGAUUGCACAAAUCACCAUUUCGAGACCCAGCAGCCACGCCUUCCAUCACUUACUGUGUAUAGGUCAACAUACCAAAGGCACCCACUUGAUGCCUUCUGCCAGAACCGCUUUGCCAGGGCGUCACGUAUGCUCUCCAGCCAUCUCUAUGUUAACAAUCACAACAACAAGGACCUGCAUUUGAGACAGCGUUUGCUCCUUCAAGUCCCCGAUCAUUGUUUCAAAUGAGUUUAGACACAGAACGGUUGCUGUUGAAUUUCAUCAAAUCCUGCUUGUAAUUUAGAGGAUUAAAUCAGAGUGGUGCAUUUUCUAUACUACAUUUAUCUUUUUAUGAGUU